AUGCCCGGACGCGACGCUGACAACCACAGAAGGGAUACCAGCCAGCCAGCUCUUCAGACACCCCUUUCCCGAACCGGCCACUCAACACCAAGCCAGCAGUUCAGGCCGGGUCCCGAUGUCUAUCGCCAAGCACCCACGCUCUUCGCCGCGUCUCAACAGGUGCAGAACAUGUCCACUGUCGAGGGCAACCGGGAGAAGAAAGUCAGGAAGAAGGUCGAACGGGUGGCUCUGACCAGGCCAGGUCUGCCGGCUAAGCCGCAGCCCCAGCCCGCCGAGGCGCCACCGCCAGCCAGGCCAGCUUGGACGGGCGGACGCGGAGCAGCCUGGAUCCAGAAGGCCCGCGAGGAGUCCACCGCAAGAGUCGUCCCGGCGCAGUCUCUGCCGUCCUCGAGCCCGCUUCAGGAGUCGUCAUCGUCAACAACUCGCUCUCUGCAGCUCCGCACCAGGCCGCGCUUCAUCCCAGACUUCAAGCGCCUGCAACCUGACGACAUCAAGCCCUUCCGGUUCGUCAACAUCGAGCCACUACAAGGCCUGCCAAACCUAAACCUGGACCAGGGCUGGCGCGGACACCCAGGCGUCAUAGUCGGCACAUGGGAUGGAGAGGUGGGUGUGGUCGGCACGACGAGCUGGGGCGGCAAGGGUGCGGACGAGAAGUUCGAUCGCGCCCAGGACUUGUUGCUUUAUAAGAAGUCCUUCUUCCCCAUAUUCGGCGCUCCUGAGCCCGUGGGCGACGUCGAUUUUGACCGCCUCAUGCUGCGCACGAACGGCCCCGUUGCUUUUGCCCACAACACCAUGAUUGACGGCCGCUCGGUGCGUUUCAUCCCCUUCGCCGACUUCCGGAACGAGUGCUCCAAGUACUUCAGGCAGGGGACGAGGGAGUCCGUCUUCUUGGCAAGGGGUUCGGCGCAGAACUUGGAAGAGCAGCUUUGGUACCUGGCUGGCUUGGAACAGGUUCCGUGGAAGGCGUCGGACCAUGAGGGUUUGAAGAAGUGGAGGUACUUCAAGAUGCGUGAAGGCUUUAAGCCUACGCAGGAGAUUCCUCCUGAGGCCCGCAUUGAAGCCGUUUGA